GAAAGUUAUGAUAAACACAUUUUGUUGCACUCUACUAGAUCUUCCUUCUUCUUCCUCAAAGAACAGAAAGAAAAUAUAUUCUGCUGCUGUAUUUGACAUCUCUUAUCGACUUGAUUUAGAAGCCUUGUCUGUGUUCCGUUAGUCUUUGUGUCAAAUUUGCUGCUCUUUGAACAUUUAUAUGAUAGUAGAUUUACUGAUGAGAACUCCAUUUGGUGCUUAGAAUUUUCUUUCCUAGUUGUCAAUACAUUUUAUCAUCUGUGACUGCACUGACCUCUGUAUGCAAUACAUAGAUCUGAAGCCUUAGAACACUCGAUACUCAGGAAACUAAAUCCAAACUUUGAGCUGUGCAGACCAACCUAAUGGACACAAUUCUAUCAUAUAUAUUAUUUGCAGCAAUCAUUUUCCUGACAUUUAAUGCCCAUAUAUAGCUUACCUACCAGCAAGAAGCUUAUUAAUUGUGGUGUAAUCAGCUGUGCAAACACUAGUCAUCUUCCAAGCACACAGCAGUCCUUGGAUCAUGGUCAAACUCCCAAACAUCAGCUAAUGAUUUGCCUUUGAUUACAAAAAUCAAAAAGCAGCGGCUGUAACAUCUACUACAGUCAACUGUUUAGGCACUGGUUUCUUUUUCCACAUGAGCCCCACUCCAUUUCACACCUUUCACCACCCUCUCUAGUCUGUACCACCUGCUCUUCUCUCUUCUGCUGCCAUGGUGAGGAAGAUCUGAUGAAUUCUCUUCUCUUGACCACCUGUCUCAACAACCAGGAACCUUGAACCAGGCCUUGAUCCAAGGAGAGCCAUGAAGCAAGAUCUACCUGCUGCUGAUAACAAGACCUCCUCGCCGGUCCUGCCUGCAGCUCGAGCCAGAACUCCCAGAAUGAAGGAGACUCCAAGAGUGGAUUCAGCAAAUGGGGGCUCGCCAGGGUUGAAGGCGAGGCCAAAGCCUGCUUCUGUGGAUGCAAGCGGCACCAACGUGGCUAGGAAAUCCAUCUUAUUCAACAAGCUGAGGCCAGCCAUCAAUGGCGUUGGGGAUCCAAAAGAAAGGAACCGUGAGGAAGCAAAGGUCGUUGGAAGCCAGGAUGUCGAGCAGUAUGCUCGGUUGCGGAGGAGGGCAGAUACAAGUUGCAGGGGAUCCGAAGAUGGAGCCAGUACAAAGAUGAGAGAGUUGCAGACCAGACUUGAUGAGAGUGAGAGACUGUUAAGGGAUUCGCAGUCUGAGGUGUUGGCACUGAGAGCUCAGAUAGAGAAGCUGCAGGUCUUAAAUGUUGAAUUGGAGUCACAGAAAAAGAAGCUGCAGGAAAGUCUCUCUGCUGCUGAAGCAAAGAUCAAAGUUCUAGAGAAGGAUGAUCAGGUGGAAUCAGUCAUCAAGUCUGGAUUUAGUAAUGUGAUGGAGGUUGUUCAGAAGAAGUCACAGAAUGUUAAAGAUAAAAUUCAGUUUUCAGUACUGAAACCUCCCACCAAAGCUGUAGGGGUCCAAUCAAAAGCUCUGGUCAAGAAGCCUGUUCCACCAUUGCCAACUUCUCAAGCCCCCAUUGCUGGGCCACCUCCACCACCCCCUCCACCUCCUCAUGCUGCAGGAAGAUCAAAUGCAAUGCAUAAGCCUUCUGCAUUAGUUGAAUUGUACCAUUCACUAAGCAAGCGAGACGGAAAGCAAGGCUCAAUGGUUAAUGGGGGUGCCAGUCCUCUUUCAAACAAUGCACGUAACAGCAUUGUCGGGGAACUUCAAAGUCGAUCGUCUCAUUUAUUAGCGAUUAAAUCGGAUGUGGAAACAAAAGGGCACCUCAUCAAACAUCUUAUGGAGAAGGUGCUAUCAGCAUCUUUCACUAAUAUGGAAGAUGCCCUGAAUUUUGUUGACUGGCUCGAUGGAGAGCUCUCCACCUUGGCUGACGAGAGCGCUGUUCUGAAGCAUUUUGACUGGCCCGAAAGGAAAGCUGAUGCACUGCGUGAAGCUGCAUUUGAAUUCCGUGAUCUUAAGCGGAUAGAAGCUGAAGCUGCUUCUUUUAAGGAUGACGCCUCCUUACCAUGUGAGGCCACACUAAAAAGGAUAUCGAACUUGCUAGAUAAGUUGGAGAGAAGCGUGGGUAGAUUGAUUAAGCUGAGGACUGCAAGUAUGCUUUUAUAUAGAGAUUGCAGAAUUCCGACUGAUUGGAUGCUUGAUUCUGGGAUGAUUAGCAAGAUGAAGCAGGUUUCUGUGAAGCUUGCAAAAGUUUACAUGAGGAGGGUGUCGAUGGAGCUUGAAUCAGUUUGGCAUUCAGAAAGGGAGUCAGCACAAGAGGCACUUUUAUACGAGGGGGUGCGUUUUGCUUACAGAGCACACCAGUUUGCAGGAGGGCUUGAUUCCGAAACUAUGUUCAUCUUUGAGGAGUUAAAAAUGCGGGUCGAAUCGCAAUGCAGAGGACAGUAGAGCAACUUCAUAGUAUUACUUACAGUCAGGAUGUUAAAGCUGGUAGCCAAGGUGGAACCAGGUUCAACAUCAUGUAACUGUUGGAUUGAGGUCAAUCCUCUCAGAAUAAGGUUUAUAUAGUAGUGAUCCAACUUAACUGCGAACAUCUUGCUGCACAUCCCAUCUCAACUAAAGUUUAUGGCAUGCUCCCUCACAAUUGACCCAAAGAUGACUCCAGAAGUGUUCUUGAGUCUUCUCAAGCUAUGGACAGAACAAACACAAUGUAACUGACUGCACACAUGGAUGAGCUUUUCACAGUGUAUUUUCCAUAUGUAUAUUAGUUUCUCAGCUUUGUGGAAUC